AUGCCUUCCACAACAUGCUUCCUGUGUGGCUUCGCGAUCCUUGAAGGACACCAAGUACGCGCUGUGUAUAAAAAGGCACCAUCUGACGACAUCAAUCGCAAUACACCGACCACUGACGUCCUGCUCUCGAAUCUUCUUCCAUACGACGAUGGCUUUCUAUGGCUACAGAAUAACUUGGAACAUCCUAUGCUUAUUGCCUGCGUAACCACCAACGAACGGCCAGAGUAUCAUGGCUUGCUAUAUGGCUUCCGUCCCUUCCACGAAGGACCAAUUCGGCCUGGUUAUCCAAUUCACGAACCGUGCUACAAAAUUCUUUGGCAAGUCCAGGGGGGGUUGGACAUGAAGGCAGAUCUACAGGCCAUCUUUGACGUCUGCACAUCGUUCCCUUUGAGCAACGAAGGCGCCUUCUGGGGACACAAUCAUGAAAUGCUACAACCGCUCGCGCCGCCCGAGGGGGAGGAUGGCUUUUUUAACUUGUAUAGCGGAGAGUCUUUCUCAUUAGGGAGAGAUUGCCACUAUGCCGAGAGUCCCAUGGACCCGAAUGACCUGCCAGAGAUGCAUGAAAUGAUGGCGAGACUUGAAGGUCACCCCAACCCUGUUAAAGGUGCACAAAACAGCAUUAGCAUAUGCACCAAAGAGACGCCGCGAGAAGAACGAAAAACGUUGCCAUGCGUUUCAAGGACAUCGCCUCAUUUAUUGCGAACGCUGCCAAACGAAGUCAUUGCGGAGAUUCUCAUUUAUCUACAUAGUGCUAGCGUGAGGAACCUCCAACUGGCGGAUCCAAUCUUUACCGAUUCCCAAAAGUUCCUCAGAUUCUGGGAGUCUCGGUUCGCUCCGGAUCGUGAUCUCUGGUAUGUGUACGAGACGAUGCCUCGUGGCUUGGGCGACCGGUGGGAUCUUUGGUAUCAGCUGUGCAUCAAGUACCACAAUUGUCGUGCAGCUAUCAACCGGAGACGAAUAUUGCGAUUGACUCACCGAAUGUGCCAUCUCAUACAUCAAAGACAUGAAAACGCCAAGCUCAUGAGAGGCUCGCCAUCAGACAUUACAAACGACGAGGCCUUCUGGCAGAACGAUGGCCAUGACAACAAAAUCUCAUUGUGUACGGUGCCAAAUAUAACGGGGAUAAUUGAUCAAAAUAUCGAGCUUCAUGACGACCUAAGGCAUGUUGCUUUCUCUUUCACCACGGUUGCUAGUCAGCGUUACAUAUCUGGACUUCGACUCUACGGUGCCAAUAACGAGGAGAAGACGCUGGGCUACUUUCAUUCCAAGGGCUACUCAACACCCUCUUGCGGUUAUCAGAGUCGGGCGGGAGAAUUCAUCACAGGAUUCGAUAUCGCCCUGGAUAAUCUCGGGGUUCGGGGCUUGCGCGUUCUCACAGAGUCUGGGAAGCCUUUUGAAUGGGUAGGGGAGCAUACAGGGCUUCCAAAGCGCAGGCUUACUGCUGCCUUUAACGACGGCAAUCCCGUCCCGCGAUGUGGAUUCAAACUCGUCGGCAUCGCCAUAUGCUCUACCUCUGAUCCGUGGCCCUCCGUCUCGCAAGAUGACGAAGGGUUUGCACGGGAGGUCCGGCGCAAGGACCAGCAACUAGAUCUGCGCAUAGUGCCUGGAAAGGAGACUUGGUAUCCAGACCUACCACCACUGGGUUUGAAAUACGUUAGAUUGAACAAGGCUGACCGCCCUCUGCAGCAGCCGUAUCAUUAUUGCAUCUUUGGCGGAUCUCGAGGAGAGCGGCUGCGAUACCUCAAAAGGGUCAUCAUCAGAGCAGACAAGCAUGUGCGCUCUGUAGGUUUUCAUUUCGAUAAGGACGGCGAAAGAAUGGAGCAAAUGGAAUUCACCCGGCCACGCUACGGACUCAAACUCGGAGAAGACCUGGCCAUGGUUUCGCUCGCCAUUGACGGCGCAGGAGGGGAGCGGAUUACCAGAGUCGAGAGUGUCCUUGACCCUUGGACCAAGAUACUAGUGAGCCUCCAGAUUUUUACCAACAAGGGCCAGACAAUCUGCUCGCGGACUACUAGCAGCCCAGAGAAUGCUACCCGCUCGGAGAAUGCGCCGAGCAAAGACACAGUAGACAUUUACGACAUUACGCAAAGUCCAUGGCGGUAUAUCAAGCAUUGGGGUUGUGUGCAUGUAGCCCCCAAGCACUGCCGUGAUUCGAGAAGGGGCGAAAUGUCAACUGAGCUUCUUGUCAAUACGUUUUACGAUACCCCGUACAUUUCAUUUACAAAGGGCAGCGAUGCAAAUACAUUUGGGUCGUCUUGA